GGGCGGGUGACGUCAGCGCAAGAUGGCGGCGGGGAGCGCGCGCGGGGGCGGCGGCGGGAAGUGAGGAGCCGCGCGAGGAGGAGAGAAGCGGCGGCGCCGACAUGGACCCCGCGGACCUGACACUGGACCCGGCGCUCGCGGCCCUCAGUGACGAGCUCAACUUCGGGGACAUCGACGAAAUGUUGGAGUUUGUCAGUGGUCAGGUGGGGGAUUUCCCAGACCUGUUUGAAGAACAUUUCAACAAUGAAAAGUUGGAGCAGCCGCCAGUUCCUACCCAACAGCCACAACCCCAACAACAAGUGCAGCAGCAACAACAACCACAACCACAACAACAACAAUUACAGCCACAACAACUACAGCAGCAGCAAGUUUUACAACAGCAGUUACAGUUGUGUUCCCCGCCAGCUCUGACACAGGUCCCAGUACCCGUCUCACACAGGACGACGCCUGUACUUCAGCCUCGGCCUUUAGUGCAGUCACAACCACAGCAGCAAACCUUCAUGAUCACUUCAAAUUUCACUCCCACGCAAACUCGCUUCAUCCAACAGCCUGUACUAGCCUACCAGAACCCUAGCUUCUCAGUUCUUCAACCUCAGAUGCAGGGCCUGGUGACCUCUCAGCAGAUCCAACCGGUCACUAUCCAGCAGCAGGGUCUUGGGGCUCUGUCCACUCACAGGAUGUUCACCUCAGCAACAACAGCCACCAUCCAGACCCUCACCCCAGCCUCCGCCACAAUCUCACCACAGGUACAACAGGUGCUGGUGCAGCCUCAGCUGAUAAAGUCCGACUCCCUUGUCCUCACAACUUUGAAAUCUGACCGCAAUCCAGUUAUUGCCACGAUGCAGAAUCCGACCAUCACCACAUUGACAACUCCAGUGCAGACAGCAGCUUUGCAAAUGCCGACGCUGGUUAGCAGUAAUGGAACCAUUCUGACGACUCUGCCCAUGAUGGUUGGCCCAGACAAACUUCCAAUCAAGCAGCUCGUUGGGAAUGGGAAGUUCCCAGUGGAAGGCCUGAAGGAGGGUGAGAAACGAACUACACACAACAUCAUUGAGAAACGUUACAGAUCAUCCAUCAAUGAUAAAAUCAUUGAGCUGAAGGAUCUGGUGAUGGGGUCUGAAUCUAAGAUGAACAAAUCUGGAGUCCUGAGGAAGGCCAUCGAUUAUAUUAAAUAUCUUCAACAGGCCAAUCACAAGCUGCGUCAGGAGAACAUGGCACUGAAGGUGGCCACACAGAGAAGCAAGGUUCCCAAGGAGAUGGAGAUUUCCUGUCUGAUGGACUUUGACGUUGAUGUGAAGGAAGAUUUUUUCUGCACACCACCACCCUCCGACUCUGGGUCUCUGGGCACCUUCUCACCUUGUUCCAUUGACUCCGAGCCGGGCAGCCCCCUCCUCGAGGACACCACGGUAAAGGAGGAGCCCCUGUCCCCCCCUGCCCUGGCGAUGCUCGAUCGCUCUCGUAUUCUGCUCUGCACCCUGACCUUCCUUUGCCUUUCCUUCAACCCACUCACAUCACUGCUUCAGCGGGGAGGCCACUCGGACCUGGCUGAAGGUGCUGGACAUCACGGGAGAAACAUGCUGGGACUUCAGUCUGAGGUCUCCAGAAGUUGGUUAGAUUGGAUGCUGCCCACGUUAAUCCUCUGGCUUGUGAAUGGCGUCAUUGUUCUGAGUGUGUUUGUUAAACUCUUUGUUUACGGGGAGCCUGUUACACGUCUCCAUUCCCAAUCGUCCAUCACGUUCUGGAGACAUCGCAAGCAAGCGGACCUGGACCUUGGCAGGGGUGACUUUGCUGCUGCGGCUGGGAACUUGCAGACCUGCCUGUCGGCGUUGGGCCGGGCAUUACCGGCUUCGCGGCUGGACCUCGGCUGCAGCUUAUGCUGGAACAUCCUCCGACACAGCCUCCACAAGCUGGUGGUGACGCGGUGGCUGCUGAGGGUGACACGCGGCCUCAGGCGAGGGCUUCACAUCCAGGAAGAAGCUAAACUGAGUGCCCGAGAUGCUGCCCUGGUUUAUCACAAACUGCACCAACUGCAGCUCACAGGUAAACUGGUGGGCAGUCCUGUGCAGGCCAUCAACCUGGCUCUAUGUGCUGUCAAUCUGGCAGAGGGGGCGGCAGACAAAAUCCCGCCAAGUCUUAUGGCUGAAAUCUACGUGACGGCUGCCAUUUGCCUGAAAACCAGCUUCAGUAACAAACUGUGCUUCUUGGCACAUUAUUUCCUGUGUGGAGCCCAGCGCGUGAGUCUGUCACCUGGUGCUUAUGAACAGGACACGUUUCACUGGCUGUUCCAUCGUCUGGGCCGCCAGUUCUUUGUGAACUAUGAUUGGUCUGUUAAAUCCACUCGGAGCGAGAGUCUGUAUAGCUCCCCGAGGAACCCAGUUGAUCCAGUUGCUCAGGUGAACCAGGCAUUCUGUGAAAAUCUGCUGGAAAAAGCUGUUUACUCUCUGGUCCGGCCAGAGACUGAGGGAGCUGGAGACUUCUCCAGUGCCUUUGAAUACUUGCAAUUGCUCAAUAGUUGUGCUGACACAGCCAGGAGCUCAACCCAAGCGUUUGCCAUUGAAUCCAGCCUGAGAAUAACCACAGUUCCUGACCCCGUGAGCAAGUGGUGGUCAUCGCUUGUCAGCUUCGCUGUACACUGGUUGCAGGGAGAAGAUUCCACAGCAAAAGGAUUGUUUGCUGAAGUUGAGCGGAUCCCCAAAUCCCUACAGAUGUCAGAGAGCCCAUUACCAAAGGCUGUGCUUCAUGUCUAUAAGGCGAUGCAGGCCACCAUGUUGGGGAAAUCAGACGCCCAUCAAGCCACAUUCUUACAUUGUGAGAAAGCCAGUGGUUACCUGUGGAACAGCUUGACUGUCUCCAGCCCACAACUUGAUGUAAACCUUCACAAGGCUGUGCAGUUGCUGCUCUGUGACAUUUUGCUCUCGAUUCGUACCACUUUGUGGCAGAAACCAGCCAACGGCAGCCAGGCCCUGGGGGAGGCCAGCCAGGCCCUGGGCGAGGCCAAUCAGGCAUCCAGUCUGGAACUAAAGGGAUUUCAGCAAGACCUUAGCAGCCUCCGCAAACUGGGCCAGACCUUCAAACCAGCAAAUCGUAAGAUGUUUUUACAUGAAGCGACUGUGCGCUUAAUGGCCGGAGCGAGUCCAACUCGAACCCACCAGCUGCUGGAGCACAGUCUGAGGAGACGCACGGCUCAUCCCAGCCAGCAAGGUGAAUGUGAUGCUCUCCCAGGCCAGCGGGAGAGAGCAACAGCCAUUCUGUUGGCUUGUCGCCACCUUCCCCUCUCCUUCCUGUCCUCCCCUGGUCAGAGAGCAGUGAUGCUGGCAGAGGCAGCUCGCACACUAGAGAAGCUGGGAGACAAACGCUCAGUCAACGAUUGUCACCAAGUGAUCAUGAAACUGGGAACCGGGACCACCAUCGCAGCGAGCUGAGCAACGCAGACCCCGGGAGGAGGAGGGUGGGCUACAGCUGUGUCUAUUGCCUUUGACCUGGUGCCUGUGGCCCAUGUCAUUGCCUUCUGCUCAGCUUCUCUCAUUUCACACUGAAAAUACCAGGAGAGACUGACUGGCUCACAGCUGGUAAUGUCCGAUCACUCUCUGCUGAUGUGAUAUUUUUGUUAUUGCUGUUUUGUUGAUGCUUGCGGCACUGUUACUGUUAUUAAUUAAGGAGGACACUGAGUUGGUCCAGGGUGAUGUCUAGUCCUUCAGUUUAUAAAUAAAGCCUGGAGAGUGGAAACGAUUACUUUCUGUUCAAACAUUGUUACAGAAUGAAAUUUCCCCCUAUUAUAGGCGAGGUUUCCUGAGCUGAAUGGCCAAGUCAUUUGGAACUUUGUAGGAGGCCGUUCCUGGUAUUGUACUGGAGUAAGACUCCCUCACCGGGUAAACUACUGUUUUGCCGCAUUUCUCGUGAUAGUAAUGGAGCACAAGUCCAUCUAGACUAGUGUCCCCUGAAAUGUGCUAUACAUUGAAAGGGGUCAUCAUGAUGUUGCCUUAGUUGGUUCUUCGAAGACGUAUUGUCUUGAUGCUUAUACUUAUCUGCAAUGAGUCAAAUCAACCUGCAUCAUAUUUUCCACUGAUUUGAAAAGUUAAGCAAAUUAUUGUUGUGUUUUGUUGACUUAAUUCAGCUUGGAAAUAAUGUUUAAGUUUUGGGAAGUUACCAAGCAAAAGACUAGAACAGGCAGUGUUUAGAUUAUGUAUACAUGACUUGUAUAUAUUUGGGGAGAAAUAUUGUAAUAGUCCUCUCACUUGUCUAUCUGCAAUUGAACUUUUGUGCUUUGGACCACAAAAUAAGUUCAAUUUUAAAGAAAGGCGCUUUGGGAGAUGUAUUUAGUGUCCCAUUGAUGAUGAUGUUGGAAGCAAAGCAAUAUUACUUUCAGAAGUAAUUAGGACCAGAAAUGAACAGUUGUUGGAGCUGGACAGAUUGUACAGAUGCCUCUUUUCCUGGUCUGUUACCAGGUAUAAUUUGUGCUUCUCCCUUGAGAGAUUAGUGACGAUGGUUUAGAAAGUGAAUGGGGUGCUGGGCUGUCUCUGUUCUGUCAAAUGUUUGACCUAAACAAUGCUUUCUUUCACUGUCUGUUUUAUUAAAUGUAAAUAUUUGGGGUUUUGAGUAUCUGCUAUUUUAAUUUGGGCGUGUAAAAAAAAGAUUUUUCCAAUCCUGAUUGGUGUUUUUAUUUAUUCGAAUAUAAGAAUGUAUAGAACGAUUUGAGAUGUUUUUGAACCCAAAACUAGGCUUGGAAUAUGGAAUAGAAGAAGUACUUAUGUGAUGAAGCAAUAAAUCCGUCUUACCUUUCAA